AUGGCGCCCACCUACCCUCCACCCGGCGCGGUCAACGAGUAUCCUUCUCCUGCUGCCUCCCGCCGCCCCUCGGAAUGCUUUUCUGAGAUGAGCAUGGACAGCAGCAGGAGAGGUAGCCUCGCUGGCUUUGCGUCGGAUAUGGAGAGUGCAGGGCAAUGGCAAUCAUUAGGCAGCGAUACCAAGAGUCCUCUAGCCCAAUUUGGUUUCUUCAAGAGCCUGACGGACAAGAAGACUACGAGAGAUGGUCAACCACCCAAGAGAAGGGGUCCCAAGCCUGAUAGUAAGCCCGCCUUGACUAGGCGACAAGAGCUGAACCGUCAGGCACAGAGAACACAUCGUGAAAGGAAGGAGCUGUACAUCAAGGCCCUCGAACAAGAGGUUAUCCGCCUAAAGGACACAUUCGCUACUACAUCGAGGGAACGCGACGCCUUUGCCGAAGAGAACCGGAGACUACGAGAACUGCUCAUGGCGCAUGGCAUCUCUUUCGAACACAUGACGUCUCCAACGAACGGAAUGGGCCAGGUCGGCAGCUCCACGUAUGGAAGUUCCAACGGCAGCAUUUCAGGCUACGGGCCAGGGUCAGCAUCAACCGGUUAUACAUCACCACCAACCAACGGAUCGGCCUCCCACGAUGGCAUGGGCGGCCAGGGUAUGACUCUUCAGCAGCAAGCCCAACAACCGAACCAUCACCAGCACAACGGACUGGACUAUGACCAAAUUGGCAUUGACUUCGUUCUAACACUCGAGCGACCCUGCAUGGACCACAUGCAAUUCCUUAUGGUACGUGCCCACGAAGCCGACGACAACAUCAGCGGCCAUGCGCUCAUGGCGACGGCACCCCCUGAUGCGCACAUCACGAACUGCCCAGAGGAGAAGUACCCCCAUCAGAUGCCGGACGUCAAGAUGCCGGACUUGAUGAAACUGCUGGACCUCAGCAACCGUCUACCCCUUGAUGGGGAGAUUACGCCCAUUAUGGCCUGGGCGAAAAUUAUCCAAAACGAAAACUUUCGCACCCUGUCGAAAGAGGACAUUGAGCUCAUGAAAGGAGAGCUUCUCGCCAAAGUCCGAUGUUACGGCUUUGGUGCAGUCCUUGAAGAGUUCGAAGUCAGCGACGCUCUGAUGACUGUCCUUGCUGGCAAGUUCUCAAACGGUGCCACACCCUUGGCUUAAUGUUUAUUUCGAAUGACGACGUACUUUCCUAUGUUCUUGAUAAUUAGUAAUCUUCGCUUCCCUUUUUGAUAUGAAAAAAAUAAGCAUUUUCU